AUGCAGAGCAGGGUCCUUCUCGUUGCUGCCCUCCUGGCGCUCUUGGCCACUGCCCGUAAGCACUUUUCUGAGGAUGCUUCCCUCCUGGACGUCAUGCAGGGCUACGUGCAUCAUGCUGCCAAGACCGCCCAGGAUGCACUGACCAGCGUGCAGGAGUCCCAGAUGGCCCAGCAUGCCAAGGACUGGGUGACUGGUGGCUUCACCUCCCUGCAAGACUACUGGAGCACGUUUAAGGGCAAGCUCUCCAGGCUCUGGGAAUCAACCCCUGAGGCCAAACCAACUCAGAACCCUGAAGGCCACUGA